AUGGCAGAGGCCAGUAUUUCUGUUGGUGAGGACCAGUUCAUGUGUCCAGUCUGUCUGGAUCUCCUUAAGGAUCCUGUGGCUAUUCCCUGUGGACACAGUUACUGUAUGGGCUGUAUUAAGGGCUGCUGGGAUCAGGAUGAUCAGAAGGGAGUUUACAGCUGCCCCCAGUGCAGACAGACCUUCAGUUCAAGACCAGUUCUAUAUAAAAACACUAUACUGGGUGAAGUGGUGGAGAAACUGAAGAAGACGAGACUCCAAGCUGCUGCUCCUCCUGCUCACUGUGACACUAGAGAUGUGGAGUGUGAUUUAUGCAUUAAGAAGAAAGAAAAAGCCGUCAAGUCCUGUCUGACAUGUCUGGCUUCAUACUGUCAGACUCACCUCCAGCCUCACUAUGAAUCUCCUGCCCUCCAGAAACACACGCUGGUCAAAGCCUCCACACGACUACAGGACCAGAUUUGCCCUCAUCAUAACGAACUGAUAAAGCUUUGGUGUCGAACCGACCAACAGUUCAUGUGUUAUCUGUGUAUGGUGGAUGAACACAGAGACCAUAAAACAAUAUCAGUGGCAGCAGAGAGGACUGAAAGACAGAAACAGUUGGGAGAAAGUCAGAGGAAAACCCAGCAGAGAAUCCAGGGGAGAGAGAAGGAGGUGCAGGAGUUGAGACAGGCUGUGGAGUCUCUGAGGCACUCUGCACAGGCAGCAGUGGAGGACAGUGAGAGGAUCUUUACUGAGCUGAUCCGCUCCAUUGAGAGAAGGUGCCGUGAGGUGACAGAGCUGAUCAGAGAUCAGGAGAAGAGUGAAUUGAGUCGGGCUGAAGGAGUCCUGGAGCGACUGGAGCAGGAGAUUUCUGAUCUGAGGAGGAGAGACACUGAGCUGGAGCAGCUUUCACACACAGAGGAUCACAUCCAUUUCCUCCAGAGUUUCUCAUCUCUCUGUGCCCCUACUGGAUUUGAAGACCUACACAGCAUUAGCACCAUUCUAAACUUCUCUUUUGAGGAUGUAGGAAAAUCUGUCUCUCAGCUGAAAGAGUGUGUGGAGGAUUUCUGGAAGAAGGAGUUUGGAAGACUUUUAAGUAAAGUGACAAACACUGAGAUCAUUCCUCUCCCUGAACCCAAAACCAGAGAGCAGUUCUUACAAUAUUCCUGUGAUCUCACACUGGAUCCCAACACAGCACAUGAAGAGCUUAGUCUGUCUGAAGGGAACAGAGUGGUGACAUGGAGUAACACAGAACAGGCCUAUCCUGACCAUCCAGAGAGAUUUGAUGAGUGGUGUCAGGUGUUGUGCAGAGAGAGUGUGUCUGAACGCUGUUACUGGGAGACUGAGUGGGGUGGGAAUAGAGGGGUUGAUAUAUCACUGUCAUAUAAAGACAUCAGGAGGAAAGGACGGGGUUAUGAGUCUUUGUUUGGAUGUAAUGAUCAGUCCUGGGGUUUGUACUGUCCUCCCUCUAAUUACUUAUUUAAACACAAUAGUAAAGUGACUAAAAUCCCCAUAGUUCCCAGUUCCUCCAGAAUAGGAGUGUAUGUGGACCACAGGGCAGGAACUCUGUCCUUCUACAGCGUCUCUGACACAAUGACCCUCCUCCACAGAGUCCAGACCACAUUCACUCAGCCCCUCUAUCCUGGGUUUUAUGUCGAGACAGGGACAAAAGUGAGGUUAUGCCACCGUCCAAAAUGA